CGUGGAUGACGCCGUCCACCUGUUUCGUUCGUCCACGCCAGCGCCAACCGGACAUGAACGAAUCUCUAAACUAAUUGCACGGUGAAAAAAAUCGACAGUAAACUCGGAAGGAAUAUAGCGUUAUAUUUAUAGCAAUUCUGUUUUUUUUCAGAAAUAUUCUUUGAUGCAUUUUUUUGCACAAAUAUUCUAUGGUAACUGUUAUGCGACGGUCUCGCACGAUGAUAACGCGAGACCGUGGUGUCGCGUGGCAGCGACGCGAUACCAAACGGUCUCACAAGCAGACGGCACGAGACCUCGUAAGAGCGUUUUGGUAAUUGAAUGAUUAGAGAUUAAUCACUAAUCAAGAUAAUUAAUCAGUGAUUAGCGGUAUCGCUGCUUGGGUAUGCGAGACCACUCGGUCUCACGAACUCACCGCGCGCAAGCGGUCUCGCGUCAUCAUGCGACACUGUAACAUCAACGAUAUAUUUGUGCGAAUAAAAUAACAUUUCGGAUGUUUGUGAGAGAAAAAAAUAGACGGUAUAUUUUCAAAUUUUCUUCGGCGACUCACGACUCGACGGCCGUCCCCCGUGUUGCCGGCGCCGGAGAAGAUGGCUUGAGAUAGCAUUGGAGAGGCUAAAACAAGCAUGCGUUUCCACCAAAAAUAGGUGCCCGCCGAAACGAGCGGAGCGGAGGUAGCCACCACUUGAUUAGCGCCACGAGCAGCACGCGCGGGCAGACGGGGGGGCACCACCAUUCGCGCGUUCGGGUCACCUGUUCGUCCAAUGGCCGCCGCCGCCGCCGCCGCCGCCGACGCCGACGCCGCGGGAGAGCGCGCCGCGGGCGCUGGACUCGGCAGCCGUUCGGCGGCCGAGGAGCGCUCCCUGCUCCACCCGUCCCUGUUCUCCGCCUACUCCGACGAGGACCUCGUCGAGCGCGCGUUCGAGCCGGCGCAGAAGAUCGUCGUCUCCAUCUCCAGCGACCCCGACGACCCCGACGCCGACGACGAGCACCUCUACUACGGCGGUCACGCGCCGCCCUUCUCGUGGCGCAAGCUGUGGCUCUUCACGGGGCCCGGGUUCCUGAUGAGCAUCGCGUUCCUGGACCCGGGCAACCUGGAGGGCGACCUCCAGGCCGGCGCGACCGCCGGAGACACGCUGCUCUGGCUGCUCUUCUGGGCCACGGCCAUGGGGCUGCUCGUGCAGCUGCUCGCCGCGCGCCUCGGGGUGGCCACGGGGAAGCACCUCGCCGAGCUCUGCCGCGACGAGUACCCGGACUGGGCGCGCCGCGCGCUCUGGCUCAUGGCCGAGGUCUCCAUGGUCAGCGCCGACAUCCAGGAGGUCAUCGGGAGCGCCAUUGCCAUCAAGAUCCUCAGCAACGGCUUCUUGCCCAUCUGGGUUGGCGUUGUCAUCACCGCAUUGGAUUGCUUUUUUUUUCUUUCCCUGGAAAACUAUGGGGUGAGGAAGUUGGAAGCUGUAUUUGCCGUUCUGAUAGCAACAAUGGCCUUGUCGUUUGCUUGGAUGUUUUUUAAAACUAAGCCUAACGGGAAAGACAUAAUUAUUGGUAUUCUGGUUCCUAGGCUGAGUUCAAGAGUGAUAAGCCAAGCUGUUGGGCUUGUUGGAUGUGUUAUCACGCCCCACAAUGUUUUCCUUCAUUCUGCUCUUGUACAAUCAAGAAAGAUCGAUCCACACAAGGAAUAUCAAGUCCGUGAAGCGCUGAGGUACUAUACCAUUGAAUCCACCAUGGCGUUGGUAGUGCCCUUCAUGAUAAAUUUAUUUGUCACAACAGUGUUUGCAAAAGGGUUUUAUGGAACCAAAGAAGCAGGUAACAUUGGCCUUGAGAAUGCUGGACAUUUUCUACAAGAGAAGUUUGGGGAAGAUUUUUUCCCUAUCCUUUAUAUUUGGGGAAUUGGGCUAUUAGCAGCUGGCACAAGUAGUACCAUAACUGGAACUUACGCUGGACAGUUUAUAAUGAGUGGAUUCCUGAACUGGCGGUUGAAAAAAUGGAUCAGAGCAUUGAUCACGAGAAGCUUUGCGAUUGUGCCAACUAUAACUGUUGCUGUAUACUUUAACACAUCUGAUUCUGCACUCGAUGUUCUGAAUGAGUGGCUUAAUGUGCUUCAGUCAAUUCAGAUCCCAUUUGCACUCAUCCCAUUGAUAACAUUGGUAUCCAAGGAGCAAGUAAUGGGAGUGUUUAAGAUAGGUCCGAGAACGCAAAUUGCAACUUGGGCAGUCGCAUCCGUGCCGAUAAUAAUCAAUGGCUGCCUCUUGUUGGAUUUCUUCUCUUCAGAAGUGAAAGGCCUAUUAUCCGGCUUAGUUCUCUUCGCAGCGGUGCUUGCUUAUGUCUCGUUCCUACUGUAUCUCAUCUUCCGGGGUAUUGCCGUAUUUUCAUAGCACAAACAUACCAACAGUUUGACAUGAUAAAGAAGAGGACAUACAUGACUAGAUGAAAAACCUCCAUUUGUGAUGAUGCCUGGUGUAAAAUUGAGGAGAUUUACAGGUUUGGGGAUGACCAUUUUGUAUCUGUACAGAGGACGGAGAUGAUUCAGUUUGUUGGGAAGAAGUGCAGCUGCUGUUGUGCCGUUAUAACUGGCUGCAGAUGGAAACACUGGGGAGGUUUUUUUAUCCAGUGUUAGUUGUAUAUCCUGAAACUCUUUAGUCUGAUGUGUGAAUUGAUGGAUUAAUGAGUAGUGAAAUAGAAAGACAGAAUGGAGCAAAGGCACACAGACCAUCUGCUCCUCUGCAUGUUGGUAGAUUGAACACCCAGUGCAAUGCAGUUAAUCGGCCGACCGAGCAGCAGGUGUCGAAGUUAAAGUACGGGGAUGUAUAUAAGCAGAUAACCUUUUGUUGCAUUUGAUUACAGUAUUCAGUUACUCCGUGUAAUGACGCAUGUCUGAAACUAAUGUGAUCAAAUGCAAGAUUAUUCACUUUA